AUGAGUUCGCAACAAUCUCCACCCCAUGGCUCGUCCUAUGAUGAACAUGACUGGCUGUCUUGGGUUCACCAGCCUGAGCACAAUUCCAUUAGCCUGACGGCGGAUGCCACUGAGCUAGCCGACGUCACGGCAAAUUCCCUGAAUACAGAUGCCUCUCUCCUGGACUGUGUGUCUCAGCCAAGGCUAUCUGGUCUUCAAGCAAAUAAGUGGGAGACAGCAGACAGUAGAAACCCCACAAGCCUCGCGUAUUAUUUCACACCCAAUCUCAACGACCAAUUUGCCGACUCAGCUUUAUCGUCGAGCGGAUACUAUGGAGUACCAUCAGACUCGUCUGCGGGAUCAAUAGAUUCUGCCCAGUCUUCAACGUCACCUGCUCGUCUAAGACGGAGGAGGCGGCAAAUACACCGAAAUCGUGCUCAGCCACGAGAUCGGGAGACAAUCGAUAGAAGAUACCAAUGCACAUUCUGUACCGAUGCUUUCAAAACGAAGCAUGACUGGCAAAGACAUGAAACAACUAUGCACUUGAGUCUUGAGCAAUGGAAAUGUUCCAUGUACGGUCCGACGAUACAUCGCUCCGACGGGCGCACCUAUUGCGUCUUUUGUAACUUCCCCGAUCCUUCUGAUGAACAUCCCGAAUUACACAACUACUCAGCUUGUGCCACUCAACCAGAUGAAGCACGAUUAUUUCACCGAAAAGACCAUUUACGACAGCAUCUUCGCCUAUUUCAUCGAGGCUGUAACUUUAACGAAUCCAUGAAGACCUGGCUUUCGUCGAUAGACAAUGUCAAAUCCCGAUGCGGAUUCUGUGAUGCUGAGAUGGGAACCUGGACAGAUCGACAGAAGCAUCUAGCGGUACACUUUCGUACGGGAUCUGAUAUGAAGGAAUGGAAAGGUGAUCGAGGGUUUGACCGGCAAAUUGACGACAUUGUUGAAAACGACAUACCUGCGUUUCUUAUCGGCGACCAACGACGUACAAUGGAACCCUUCUCAGCGUCAAAAGCAGAUCAUCGAACGCACGCGCCUCUUCCAGCCUCUCAUAGCAGCGAAGAACCUGGCCCUGGACUGGUCUCGAGACAAAUAGAAGUGCCCCCGAGCAGCCAUUCCCACCGAGAAAUAGAGCGGCGUUUGUUGCGAUACGUCUCUACCGAAAUCUCUCAAGGGCGUGUACCUUCAGACCGCCAAAUACAAAGGAAGACUAGUGAGAUCUUGUAUGGACCGGACAAUGCAUGGGAUGCCACAUGGGCUGAUAACCCCCAAUGGCUUGAUAUUUUUAGGAAGAAAGCUGGGUUGAUUAGUUUACCGCUUAGUGGAGGGAAGAAUGCGUUUGUAGGAUUUGAUGCUAUAUAG